AAUUAAUUAAAUUAAACGAUCAGCAAUUACAGCAAAGACUACAUCUCAAGCUCUGAACCCACCCAUGUGUGUACGUCAUCGCCGAUUGCGUCUCCAUGGUGACCAAGCGCUAUGUCGGAGGAUUCUGUUCUCCUAUAUCCAGAAGUUGUCACCUGUCUAGCAAAAUAUUCUACCAGCGAGUAUUAAAUAAGUUAAUAGAUGGUGCAGUGUCCCUGCAAGAGGUGAAAUAUGUCAUUGUUUAAAGUUCGAGACUUCUGGGAAGCUCGUGGCUCGGACGACGAGGAGUUUUCUGGAAGCGGCGCAGUCUGCUAUCAGCUCAUUGAUGGGCUUGACUGUCUAAUAACAGGCAAUCUUUCGGGUCUGCUGCGUGUAUAUCAUGUCGAAGGAUUAGUGGGGUAUCGAGCAGAACAUCUGCUCAUUGAGCAACAGCUAGAACAGCCCAUCCUACAGAUUGAAUUCGGCAAGUUUUUAUCCAACUCUACUGAGCUUGUCGCCUGUAUAUUGCACCCGCGGAAGCUCGCAAUCAUCGCCAUCCGAGUAAACGCAAUGGGUGUUAGCAAUCAAUUGGAAGCUACCAUCAAGCCCCUGUACGAACACAAACUUGAACGUUGCAGCUAUGUACUCACUAAAGGGCCCUUUGGAGGAGCUAAAGCUGCUGAUCUCAUCGGCGUACAAAGUGUUGACGGGGUGCUGAGCGUAUUUGACCGUGAAUCUCACGCGUUCGAUAGGCCAUUACCUGGAGCCCUUCUGCCUGGUCCCUUCGUCUAUAUCGAGCAGACGGACUCGUUUGUGACGGUCACCUCGAGCCUCGUCCUGGAAACUUUUCGGUACCAGGUUCUUGCGUCAGCAACGCUCAUUGACGAUUCGCAGCAUGGGGUUCGAGGGAAACGAGUCACGAGCGAAUGGAGUCUUACCUUAGGAGAAAGUAUCUCGGACCUUCAAGUAGUUCAAGGGCUCGAUGAACAACUUGUGUUUGCGCUAGGCGAACAAACAAUGUUUGUAUUAAAGAGUAACGCAGAGUUGGUAUAUACGAAAAGGUUUGAUUUCAACCCUCGAUGCUUCCACGUAUAUCAAAGAGAUCCAAAGGAUCCAUUCUUGUGGACUAUGGUCGUCUCCCAAAACAACACAGUUCUUGUUUACGAAAAAACGUCUUUGCGAUGGGCAGCGCAGGUGGACGACUCUUCGGGAAUAAUCUCAAUUUUUCGAGCAGAUCUUAGCUUUCUAAAGGGUGUCAUCGUUCUUCUGGGUGAUAAUUCUGCCCUUCGUCUCUGCUACUUGGGCACAUCACCCUCGCUGUUUGUAGCCGCAGCCCCAGAACGUCGCGAACUUCCUCAAGAUCCCAAUGAACUGAAAAAACUUCACGCAAUUGCGUCCGGAGUUUUAAACAUCGAGGAAUCGUCAAACACGACCCUGCAUCUAACUGCAACGCUGGGAGGGCUGCAAAUGCAGCAAGGAUUUCCUACUCAAACCGUACAGAUAACAGUUGAACCAGCGACAAAUUGUGCGCCGCUCGAAACUCGGAUCUUGGUUUUACCCGGUUCAGCAUUUAUUGCAAAUCCGCUCGAGUUUAACCUGACCUCCUGUGAGGCUAAAACGCUAUUGGAGACAAGUAUAUCUCCACGUAAAGAUUUCGUUCCAGCCGACCUACGCCUGAGGGUCACAGUCAUUUAUCGGCACCCCAAGUUCGGUAUCAAGGCUGCACAUCUAUCGAUGGAUCUGCCACUUGAACUGGUGGCCAGAGUACAACCCAAUCCGCCAAAGACUGCCAAACAUAAGGUAACCAUCGAGAGCAGCUUGAGUGUGAUUAUGCCUCAUAAGCUAUUUCCUUCACUCGUCAAAGACUCAAGUAUCAACGAAGUCGAGUUUGAAUACUUCAAUGGAGCUCGAGUGGGUUUUUUUGUCGCUGGUAAUAAAUAUCGCAUUCAAGGCGACGUCCACUCCUCGUUAGCUCUUAUCCUGAACGAAUUCUUAAAACGUGUCCGCAAGGCUCAGCCAGAUGUACAGCUUCACACAAAGCCUCCCUCGCUAGAUGACUACCUCCAAGCGAUAGUAGAUCACAUACAGUCGGUACUCGCGCUUGAAGAUACCGAAAAACGAAUGGAACAAUUGGCUGGUCAAUAUCGGGCCGUCGAAAAGCGACUGCUUGCUAAAACCAAAGACAAGACACCGACGCCGUUCAACAACCUUGACAAACUGCUUGACAUGACACACCAUGAUCUCUUGCGCACAGCGGAUGAAGGUGUUCGCGUGCAAAGUGGGCUUCCAUUAACAGCGUCUUCACUUAAUGCCAGUUCAAGUCUUGCUGUACAUCAACUUGAGCUGUCAGGACGGAUUCAAGCCAAAGACAGGCCACUAAUUCAGAGCCUGUUUUAUUGCCAAGAAGAAGAUCCCUUUAGCGAGUUCUGGGAGGAGCAUACCACGACGGCGUUAUGCUCGCUGAUGAAACAAUUGAAGAUUGGACGUAAUUUUCACGAAAGUUCCGGCCUGCAGGCACUCCUUGCUACCCUCUGGGACAAUCAGCUCAGUAACGAGGAGUUGCAAGCGAGACAGAGGACAUUGGAGGGAGUUCGAGAGGAAGACGAGGUAAAUCGUGAGGAUCAAGAAGCCGACAGAAAUAAACGGGAUCAUGCAAUGGAACUACAACAAGAAAAAGUAAAUUAUUACGAUGCUGGCAAUGAACUAGCGCCUGCACAGAAUCAGCCUAGUAACAACGAAGUGGCAAACGAUGAUGACUGGUAAAUAAUGGGCUAUGACCAAAUUUGUUGUGCAAAGUGAUUAGAAACUGGCGGAGAUGAUAGUGAAAGACGACAAUGUACUCCCCACGUUAGACCCAGGACUAACUAUCCUGGAAGAGUAAUAGCGAAGGAGGUGAUCAUAUGUAAAAUCAAUAAGGACGGCGUGGCGUACUAAUAAUAAUGAUAAUGUAUUUCCUAUACUAUAGUAAGUACAAAGCAGUUGAUUCAUGAGGAUCUAACAUUUAUGUGCAUAUACUGAGUUGUCAAAAAAGUAUUUUCUAGCUAAAGAACUUCAAAGUUACAGAUUUCAAAUAUUAUCAGUCUGGAGUUGAUAUCAUUGGAAAGCUGAGAAUAAUAGAUGCGCUAAAAUCAUUGAAAUGCAUACAGUUAGAUAAUAACAAGGUGUUUUAAAGACGAGUGGAAUUCGUUUCACUUUGCAGUUGUGUUGCGAUGAAGACAUAAAUGUCGUUCAGGCUCAGAAAAAGAUCAGAUGAAAGAUAUAUUAUCGAAAAGAAGAGCGCAAGGAUAAUUGUAUUGCCUUCGUUUUAGAAAUUUCGAUCAAUGAUACUUCUUGCAAUAAUUGCGAAGAAACUCAAUGAAACGAUUGCGAAAAUUAUAAGACUGACACAUGAGUAGCUAAUGAUAUUGUCAAGGAACUAAGUAUCUAUCAGAAACAGUUGGCUACAAAAAAGCUCUAUCUCUGAAUGCCACACUGAUUGACGCAAGUAAAGUUUAUCUGAAGUCGCUUAAGACGCAAGACCGUAUCUCCAUCGAUAAAACUUUACGGAAAUGAAGGAAAUCAAGCCAGUUCUAAAGCGGUUAAUCACGAAUGACUAAAAGUGAAUCACAUACGAUCCGAGAAAUUACGAGAAAGACCAAAGAGGAAAAAAGUCACAGUGAAGUACCCCAUAAUCUGUGGUAUGGUUCAGACUCACGCCAAAGAAAGUGAUGCUAUGCUAUGUUUGGUGGGAUCGAAAACGGGUCGCGCAUUAUGAUUUGCUACCGCUGCCUGGCGAUAGAGGACCUGGAUGGGAGGUUUGAAUGCGUCGACGUCUGCGAAUCUUGCACCAUGAAAGCACCAUCAUCCUUCGUAGAGUUCCUUUAAUGAAGUGAAUUGAGUUUCAAUAGAAGAAUGCAAAAAUCACACAAGUCUUAAGGUGAUUAGUUACCAGGAAAAUAACGAGACGUCAUAUGUUCAUAGUCUAAUGUUAUUUUAGAGCAUUUAAAAAAAUGUUUGCUUCAAUGUUGACUUUAAAGCGGCCAAUACUUUUUCGACAGCCCAAUAUUUAUAAAAUAGUAUUUUGUGACUACUGCUAUGGCUGGAUAGGAUGGAUAGGUGACUCCGCGAUGAUAGUGUUCUUUGAUUUGUGUUCCUUCAAAGCCUG